AUGACGGGUAAAACUGGGAACUUGAGUCAUUCCAAAAGGGUAGCUUUGAUCUGGCUCAUUUCUGCCUUCUGCUUCUUCGUCUUGUUCAGAAUGGCCCUUCACAACUCAUCACAAACUCUGUCGUCAACUUCUUUAGAUUCUCCUAAUUCUUACACGGAGGAAAGAUCAAAGUUGUAUGACAAGAUGGGGAAAGAUCUGGAUGAGCAUGGAGCUGCUUUCCUGAAACAUGGUGAAACCUCUCAGUCAUUGUCUCUUUCAGAUAUAUUCACACUGAAGGAUGGAUCUGUAACACCUGUUCUGAAGCCUGCAAAUCCUCCGGUGCGGGCUAAUGUAUUGUAUUUGAGCACUGAAUUCUCUUUACCUAUCGCGGAGGCUGUCAAAAAUAUUUUUAAUCCAUACUUUGAUAAAGCAAUCUGGUUUCAGAACUCUAGUCUGUACCAUUUUAGCAUGUUCCAUGCCUCCCACCAUAUUGUACCAGUAUUUGCCACCAAAGACGAGAUAGAAGCUGAAGCAUCCUCUGUGAAAGCUGUGGCUUCCAAACUCUGCCCUUUGAAAAUUGUUUUGGAUAGAGUUGUUUUGACUUCAACUGGAGUGCUCCUGGGUUGCUGGCAGGUCAUCUCUGGGACAGAUCCCAUAAUCAUUCGGUCUAAGUUGAAGAAUGCACUUCCACGUGCACCAGAGAAGCAACUUUAUGAUGCUGCGAUUCUCCAUACGUCGUUUGCAAGGCUUUUGGGUCCACCUAGAGCAUCAUCACCUACGGAACAGCUUGAAAUGUCAGAUGAUGUCCAGUUUUUCCAUGGGCUAGUUAAUCGGCUUAACAGUCAGAUUCGUGGAUUCGAGGCAGUGGUUUCUGAACUAUGGUACGUUGAGGAAUAUGAUGUGCUUGCCCUUGCGCUAAAUGGAAGAAUGAACCCUCGAAAAUUCAGACUUGAGUGCUCAAGAGAUUGA